AUGUAUCACUUGGCUGCAAAGGUUUGGCUAGUACCUCAGUUCGUAAAAAACGUGGCGCUCGAAAACAUUCGUUCGCAGUUGACGCCGAGCAACAUCGUCGCCGAAGUCUUCUCCAAGUUUUACUGGCCAAUUUUCGCCCUGACUAUGAUGAUCGUGUUUAGAUACCCCGAAAUACUUGAUAGGGAGGUGAAGUACUUGGUCGACAACUUUCGUGGGACCGCUGGGUAUAUCCUCAAUGGAAAACAUGUAUCUGUCAGUAUUCUGAACCUGGUUUUCUCGGAAGCGCUGGUUAACUCAAGCAAGGAAGUCGUCGUACGGCUAAGAGAGAUUGGCUUUAGAAGCGAUCCUAGGUAUCGAUUUAUUGACCAGCAAUACGAACAUAUGGCUCCUACUAGAGAUAUACUAGUGAAAAUGUGGCCUCGAAUACCGUCAAAACUCGUUAACCAUGUCCAAGAAUUGCCGGACGCAUAUGUCCAUACCUUGAUGCAGUUGAUGACGCAAUGUUCCCUCGAGCGUCGCGCUAGCCUCUUCCAAGUCUCAUACCCGAGUUACUUCCCUGUCUGA